GUUGUCUAGUGUGAACUCAUUCCUAACCUCAUUAUAGCACGGAAUUAGGUUUUCUUCCGCAUAAAAGUUUUGCAAUCAGCGUGCGCGUAGCUAAAUAGAUUUUUCAACUAAAAAUAAAAUGGUCUUCACAACAGCGGUGAAUUUUAUACGAGCCCGAGGACCGGACGAGAUUUGGCGCAAACGACGCAUUUUCAAAUUAGCUGCACAUUUCGUCGGCAGAAAACGGAAUUGUUAUAGUAUUGCGUUAAGAUACGUGAAUAGAGCACUUGUUUAUGCUACAAAAGGGCGCAAAUUAAAGAAGGAAGACAUGGCAAAUUUGUGGGAGAAACGCGUUUCUGCUGGUUGUGAACAACAUGGAAUCACUUAUUCAAUGUUCAGAGAAUCAUUAUCCAGAGAUGGCGUUAUGUUAAACAGAAAAACCCUAGCUGAUCUAGCAUGCUGGGAGCCAUACACAUUCAAAGCCCUCACUGAUGCAGCUAAACAAAGAGCCCAAUUGGAUGGAUUAAAUGUUGCAAAACAUUUAGAGCCACCAACUGGUGUGAUUCUCAACACCAUGAAAAAGUAACUUAUGUUGUGCCUAGUCUACCUUAGUGUAUUGUAAUAUAAAUGCAUCUUUAUUAUUUCUCAAUAUGGAAAAA